CUUUUCCUGCCCCCCGGAAAAGACACCUUUCCAGGGGUCAUCGAUAUACAUGGACUUGCAAGAGGUCUUUUUGAGCACAGAGCAAGCCUCCUGGCCAAUCAUGGCUUUGCCACACUGGCCCUGGCUUAUUAUCAAUAUGAGGAUCUGCCCCAAAAGCCAACUGAACUCCACCUGGAAUAUUUUGAAGAGGCAGUGAACUAUAUGCUGCAGCACCCACAGGUGAAGGGUCCAGGGGUUGGCCUGCUCGGUUACUCCAAAGGAGGUGAACUGUCUCUUGCUAUGGCUGCCUUCCUGAAGAACAUCACGGCUGUUGCUUCCCUCAAUGGCCCUGUGGCCAUUACAAUGCUUCCUCUCUGUUACAAGGAUAAAACCAUCCCCAGUAUGGCCUUAAAUGAACAGCUUGUCAAGGUCACUGAUUCCGGUAUUUUUGAUUAUUCUGAUGCACUUACAGACCCCUUUCAAGCCCCUGGCAAUCAAAGUCUGAUACCACUAGAGAAAGCUGAGGCACAGUUACUAUUCAUCGUAGGACAAGAUGACCAUAUUUUCAACAGCAACUAUCAUGCUACUGAAAUCUGCAAGCUUUUGCAGGCUCAAGGGAAGGAAAAUUUUCAGAUUCUCUCCUACCCUGGAACAGGGCACUGCAUAGACCCUCCCUUUUUCCCUUUAUACCCCGUAGGAGACCAUCCCGUUCUUCACAAGCGGACAGUUAUGGGUGGGGAGCCUGGGGCUUACUCUACAGCUCAAGUUCAUAUUUGGCCACAGAUCCAGGCUUUUUUCAGAAAAUAUUUAAAUAACAACUAA